GGCCGCGCCGGUCUCGUCGCUCUUCGAAGAUCUCGUGGUGGAAUCAACGCAAUAGGAAAGGCAUACUACAAAGGUGGAUUUGAGAAGCAGAUGAACCGAAGAGAAGCGGCACUCAUACUGGAGACAUCUGAACGCGGAGCGACGAAAGAAAUAAUUCGCAAGAAGCAUCGACAGAUGAUGCUUCUGAACCAUCCCGAUCGCGGAGGUAGUCCAUAUCUGGCUACAAAGAUUAAUGAAGCCAAGGAGUUCUUGGAAAAGGGUGCUUCAUGA